CUAACACCUGACGUGCGUCCCAAGGUGGAAGAAGCUGCCAGGGACGGCUAACAUGGCAGCCAGCGUGAAGACAAGUAGGUCUACACCAAACCGUGUUAUCUUCAAGAAAACGUCCCGGGACAAGUCGGUGACCAUCUACCUGGGAAAGAGAGACUAUGUAGACCAUGUUGACCAAGUAGAACCUGUGGAUGGUGUCGUGUUUGUGGAUCCCGAGCUGGUGAAGGGGAAGAAAGUGUAUGUGUCUCUGACCUGCGCCUUCCGCUACGGCCAGGAAGACAUCGAUGUGAUGGGCCUGACCUUCCGGAGGGACCUGUACUUCUCUCGGCUCCAGGUGUUCCCUCCUGUGGGGGCCGCGGGUGCCCACACGAAACUGCAGGAGAGCCUGAUCAAGAAGCUAGGGGGCAACACGUACCCCUUCCUGCUCACGUUUCCUGACUACUUACCCUGCUCAGUGAUGUUGCAGCCAGCUCCACAAGAUAUUGGGAAGAGCUGUGGGGUCGACUUCGAGGUCAAAGCAUUUGCCACAGACAUCACAGAUGGCGAAGAAGACAAAACUCCCAAGAAGAGCUCCGUGAGUUUGCUGAUCCGUAAAGUACAGCACGCGCCGCCCAAGAUGGGUCCCCAGCCCCGAGCUGAGGCCGCCUGGCAGUUCUUCAUGUCCGACAAGCCCCUGCACCUCGCAGUCUCCCUCAGCAAAGAGAUCUAUUUCCAUGGGGAACCCAUUCCUGUGACUGUGACUGUGACCAACAACACAGAGAAGACAGUGAAGAAGAUUAAAGCGUUGGUGGAACAAGUGGCCAACGUAGUUCUCUACUCGAGUGAUUAUUACGUCAAGCCGGUGGCCAUGGAGGAAACACAAGAAAAAGUGCCACCAAACAGCACUCUGACCACGACACUGACGCUGGUGCCCUUGCUGGCUAACAACCGCGAGAGGAGGGGCAUCGCCCUGGACGGGAAAAUCAAGCACGAGGACACGAAUCUUGCUUCCAGCACCAUCGUGAAGGAGGGCAUAGACCGGACCGUCCUGGGGAUCCUGGUGUCCUACCAGAUCAAGGUGAAGCUCAUGGUGUCAGGCUUUCUGGGAGAGCUCACCUCCAGUGAAGUGGCCACCGAGGUGCCGUUCCGCCUCAUGCACCCCCAGCCCGAGGACCCAGCUACAGCAAAGGAAAGUUUUCAAGAUGAAAAUUUGGUUUUUGAGGAGUUUGCUCGCCAAAAUCUGAAAGACGCAGGAGAAAUGGAGGAAAGGAAGAAACACCAUGAGGCGGCUGUGGAUGAGUGAAGAGGUCGGCCGGCGGGGAAACGAGGUAGUUAGCAGCAUGAGCCACGCUCCACAGAUAGCACUUUAGUUACGCUAAAUACCAAAGUGUGAGUCUUCUUCACAGAAAUAAAGUU